UCGAUUGGGACAUGGGAGAUACAUUCAAGGAUUUCACAAUUAGAGAAUGAAGCGGCCAGGGUGAUCAUCGAAUGUCGCCAAGAAGCCCAAUUUCUUGCCAUGAGAUUCAGCGUUUCCUUUGAUUCCAAAUUCAUCCAUGGUAGAGGAAUCCUCCAAUGCUGCAGUUGGGGCAAGGUGAAUCAGCUCCCGACGGGAGAAGGAAAGAAUAUGUGGUUUUGGAAGGGUUUUGUUGUCAUUUUCCAUUUGUAAGCGAUCUUUUAUGUGCUAUGUCAUAGUUGCUUUCAUGAGUUUGUCUUGGCUUACUGAAUCUCAUAUUUUCUUUGUUGUUACG